AUGGCCCACACAAAGACAAACACCCUUCUCACUCUCGCUGCGAUCCUGGUCUCCUCCCAGGCCCAAGCCUUCGGCCGCUUCCAACGAUCUCAACACAACAGGCGCCAGGACCGUGACGCCGAUGCUCAACAAGCUCGCCCAGCGAGUCCUGGCUGCCCGCCUCAAGUGACCAUCACGGAAACGGCCACUUUGCCCCCUACAACGGUGUUCCCAUCCAACCCCGGCCUGGCCUCAGUCAGCACACCCGGUGAAAAUGGAGGCAGCAGCACCGUCUGGACGGUCACCGAGACAGUCACAAUUCCCGGUACCACUAUCACCGUCCCAGGUAGCGCUGUAACCAUCCCAGGGAGCACUGUCACAAUCCCAGGGACCACCGUCACCGUCCCAGGCUCCAUCGUCACCGUCCCGGGAAUCACAAUCACCGUGACCGAGACCCAGCCCCCGGUGCCCCAGUCUCCCACACCACCGGGCAGCCAGGAGCCCACUCCCGAGCCGUCUGUCCCAUCGCAGUCCGUCCCAUCGCCGUCGGUCCCUGCCCCUUCAUCUGGCCUGUCUGAGCCGCCGCAGCCCUCGCCACCACCCCCAGCUACCGCAUCGCCGCCGCCCCCGCCGCCGCCCGCACACUACGGCAACGACACCACCGUCACCAUAGAGGUUCCGCCCACCGCCACCAGUCCGCCAGACACGCCGGGCACUACAGACACGCCAGGCACACCCGGCACACCCGGCACCCCAGGCACCCCAGGCACCCCAGGCACUACAGGCACUCCAGGUACUCCAGGCGCCCCGGGCACCACAGAAACUCCCAGUACUCCAGGCGCCCCAGGCACGACAGGCAUCCCAGGCAACCCAAGCACCCCAGAAUUCCCCACGGUCUGCGGGACGGUGACCGAGACCGUCAUCGACACGGUGACGCUGACCCCGGGCGAGACGACCCCGCUGCCGCCGCCCGCCGUCAUCACCAUCAUCAGCAGCGAACCGUCGCCCCCGGAGACCCCGAUCGAGACCGAGACUGAGGUUGUGUCGCCGCCCGUCGUCCCGCCCCCCGCCCUGACGACCGUCACCGUCCGCACCACGGCGGUGCUCAGCGGGCCCGAGCCCGAGAAGCCCACCGUCACCGUCACGAGGCGCCCUGGGUACGGCUACGAUGGUGGUGAAUGA